AUCCUAGACUGCAGGCGGCCAACAUGCCGGCCUACUGGAAGGAAGUCUUCGCCAUCAUCACGGCAGCCAUACCACAUCGGCUGGCAGGCAGAGUUUCGUCUCCAGAUGGAUCAGCAGACGACCAGCCACGAGAGCAACAGCCACCUACCGGACUUUCAUCUGCUGGUCUGUCGCCAUCAUCAUUUCACCAUCGGCCUAGGAGGUCAUUAGAUGACAGGCCCAGAGCACCUGUCUGCAAAUGUAAGGACAGUGAAUAUUCAGUACAGAGCCAGGUAUUGGUCAACGUGCAAGGGUCUAAUAAUUACCAGGUACCGCCGCCCAGUCAAGUCACGGUUGACAACAGCCCUGUGGAAGUGACUCAGCUGCCACCCAAUUGGCCAUUUCAUCCAGGCGCACCACCACCACGAAGAUAUGUGUGGACAGAAAAUAUUUGGGAAGAGGUCAUUUAUGAAAACGGUAAAUGGGAUGUAAUUACCCCUAGACGACCACUAAACCCACCCUCACACACCCAGGAAAGUCCCCAGCCACUGUAUAUCUUGGUUGAUGACGUAUGGAUACUCAUAACUACAGUUGAUAUACUAUGGGAUGACGAAGUGAAUUCGUUCCAUCCCCCUCAAAAAUUACUCCAUUAUCAACCAAAUUCGUCACCUACAUAUGUAUGGAUAGAAAAUAAAUGGGUUCAAAUUGUUAACAUAAAUAAUCAAUGGAUUGCGACUGCACCAGCCCAGGGUAAUAAUAUACCACCAGGUUCUCAAAAUAAGAAACAGAUUGUAUUGGUCUGGGACACUAAGAAUUGGGUCUUGUUUAAAUUAUCUGAUCUCUUUCCAGCUACCAACGGACCUCCUGAAUAUCAAAGUCAUCAUCCCCAGAAACCAGGAGAUCCACAUUCUGGAAACAAGCACCCUACUCAACGGUUAAAUAAUCAACAGCACAUAUCACCUUAUAAGAAAGAAGAAGAAAAGACAGGGAAACAUCCUGAAAAACUAACAAAUGCGAAUUCUGGAAGUAGCAUCCCACCUCCCUUAGGCCUGUAUAAUGUGCAACCUGUAUCUAAACCGUUAAGACCGCUAAAACAACCACCGCCACCAUCAACACCACCACCAUCACCAAAACCGAAAGGAAAACCGAGACCACCAAAACCACCACCAGCCAAACCAAAACCCCAACCACAAUCGCAAAAGCCAAAACGAAAACCGAAACCACCAAAACCACCACCAACCAAACCAAAACCACCACCACCAAAACCACCACCAAAAAAAAAGAAAAUGUGCUUUUUCAAAAAGCUACUGGGACUGGGACUGGGGCUUGGAUAAGCCAUACACACACGCGUGCACACACACACACACACACACACACACACACACACACACACACACACAUACACACACAUAUAUAUAUAGUCUCAGCUAUUUCCUUGUACUGUCUGUUUCUAUGGAA